AUGAACCUCAGCAAUGUCCAUCUACCAUCGAUACCAAAGUACUUUAGUGAUCGGUGCGAUUCAGACGAUAAGACAGUGAUAAAGGACGAGGCGUUCUAUCAGGGUCUGUUGGAUCAAUGCAUGAUGUUGAUAAUAGGCGCCCCGUCGACAGUGGGCGUCGAGACCUUCUUCAACGAGCUACGCGACCAAGGUCUGCUCAAGUUCGGCACAUGCGACGUCACCUGGAACUAUGGUGACACUGCCUACAAGUGCAAGACCUGUCAACUAGACCCAACAACUGCCAUGUGCAUUGGUUGUUUCAAUGCAGGUGAUCACAAAGGACAUGACUAUGCACUACAGAGUGUAGGUGGAGGCUUCUGUGAUUGUGGAGACCCAACAGCCUUCAAGACAUCAGGCUUCUGCUCCAAGCACAAGGAACUGUCAGAGAUUAUUGAUAUCACAAAGUACCCAGAGCGCUUCAUCUUGGCGCUGUGCUACGUGAUCCAGUUCAUAUUGGAUCGCACGUAUAAGUUCUUUGAGGAGAAUCGCGAGAAGGAGAACGAGCUGUUUAUGGACUGGCUUCUCAAGCUGUCGCAGCGCGGCGACAUUGUCAAGAUCAUCGUCAUCAAAUACAUAGCCAACACCGAUAUUGGCCAGAUCACAGCGCUUCUGCCACCCUCCCCCUUCAACCCGCCACUGCUCCAGCAAUUCCUCGACCCGACCAAACACAACACGGUCAGCAGCGAGCUGAAGCAGAGCUUUGUCAACUUUUACUUCUUUAAGCGCUACUUCAUUCACCGCGCGCCCUGGAUGAAGCGCAGCUACAAGGUGAUCAAGGCCAAGGACGAGAUCGACCCGCCGCACUUUAGCUAUAUCAUUCACUUCCCCAGCAUCCCCAAGAGCCAGAUCUCGCGUCUGCGCACCGACAUUGGCUUCAUCUUGUCGAACCACGCCAUCGCGCGCAGCGUCGUCCAGAACGACGCGCUCGUGGCGCUGUGGUUCCGAAUGAUCUCGCUCGUGCAGGGAAUGAACCCCAACCUGCAGAACCGCCCCACGUCCGUGCAGGAGUGGGUGCCAUCGUUCACCUUUGACCUGUCGUUCUGCAACACGCUCUUCUCUCUCGUCGACGCCGUCGAUCGCAACAGGACAUCGAUCGAGCGCUUCCUGUUCCAGGCAUCACACACGCUUGGCCAAUGGAUCCUUGGCUGGAUAGCCGUACAUCAACAGAAGCUCGAGCAAAAGGGCACGAUCAAUCAGGUCAUUCAAGAGUCUAGCAAGACUGAUGGCUUCACCUAUCACUUGAUCUUGCACCGCGCCAUUGCCGCCAUUCUCUAUGUGGGCAUUAGCGAGUGUGGCCAGGAACUCACCGCCGCGGGCAAGCUCACUGGUACAUUCUCUCGCAUCGUCGGCGAGAACAGCCCCAUCUCAAUCAUUGACUAUGCCAAGUGCACGCUCUACCACCCACUUAAGCUGUUUGCAUCGUUGGGAGAGAUCAGGGCUGGCCUGUGGCGUUCACAUGGUCGCGAGGAGGACAUGUUCCUUCAGACGUCCAUGUACCAGAGUCUGUACUACCAGCGAUUCUACGACCUGGACAUUCUGAUGGUGCAGAUCGGAUCAGUGCUGUUGGGACCAAACCUAUUCAUGGAGCAGGCGCUGACUGAGUACAACCUGCAGGACUGGUUCAAGUUUGAGUCGCCCCUCAGCGCCUCGGGCAAGGAUGUUCCAGUCACCCCAGCCAAGUCACUCAGACAGAGUCAAGGUGGCGUCAAGACAGUCACAGCCACACCAUCCAAGCCACCAAAGGAUGAGACAAUCGAUGACAACAACAACAACAAUAACAACAACAACAACAAUAGCAAGGAGAUGAAGGAGAAGGAGAACAAAGAGAAGAAGGAGAAGAAAGAGAAGAAGAAGCAGGCAGAUGAGUUCAACAAGAGGAAGAUAUUGGCUGAGGACUUUAUUCAGUUCCUCAUCAUGGUGUCCACCAACAAGACCAUGUCUGGAAUGACCACACAGGAGAUCAUUCGCAAAGAGCUGGUACAUCGUCUGUGUCUUGGCGAUGCCACUCACUCACAGCUGACCAGGACCAUCAAGAGGACCCUUGCCACCCAUCCAGACUUUGACAAGAUACUCAACGACAUCGCAAUCUUCCAGAACCCACAAAAGACUGAGCAAGGAAAGUACCAACUCAAAGAAGCAUGCUGGGCUGAGUUUGAUCCAUACUUUGCACAUUACAACACGCAGGACUUGCAGUCGGCCGAGGAGAGAUUGACAGACUUUAACAACAAGACCAAGUCAAACAUUGCCCGUGGCACAUACAUCACUUACAAGACAUUGCCCUGCAUGGAGGACCUCGACACUCUGCUCUGCUCAAAGACUGUGCACCAAAUACUGCUCACAAUCCUCCAGAACCAUCUGGUCAGCUCGCAGCGCACCACCGAGACGCUGUUCAGCCAUGCCCUGCACGCACUCGAGCUGUGCAUCAUGCAGACUCAGACCAUGAUGUCCAGGACCAACGAGGCCGCUGCCGGUUCGACAUCCACAACAUCGACAUCAUCGACCACAAAGAAGAUGUCCACACCCCAAAAGGCGCCACCCAAGAGCACCCCUGCACUGGCCACUGACAUCGACUUCCCCUCGCCCAACAACAUCUUUACCAACGCCACGCACGAAGUUAACAUGGAGACAAAGAAGCUGAGCAUGAUCAUCGUGCUCGUCAAGCUGAGCUCGCAGCAGGGACUCAAUGCCGAGCACAAGCAGCAGAUCCAGAACAUCCUGAACAUUCUCAUGGAGAAUGACAACAACUGCAAGCAAGUCGUCGAGAACUACUGGCAAGCGAUUAGGGCCAAGAAGGCCAUCUCCACUCCAGGCAAGCGCGAGGAUCCCGAGGAGGAGAAGAAGAGGAUGGCAAAGGCUCGCCAGGCCGCCAUCCUGGCACAGAUGAAGACACAGCAGGCAGCCUUCAAGUUUGACGACGAUGACGACUAUGAGGACGAGGACGAUCAGGGCGCACAAGGCAGCUCGUCGCAGAAGGAUAAGAAAACUUCUGAGAAGGUCGACCCCAACCUGUUGAUUGUCGAUGGACAGGUACAGACACACACCUGCGCGCUCUGUCGCGAGGCAGGCUCACUCAAGCGUCCGAUGGGACGUGUGGCAUUCAUUCAGCGCUCGUCCAUCCUUAUGCUCUCCAAGCUGACGCCCGAGGAGAGGAACAAGCGAAUGACCGACGCGAUCCAACGCGAACUGGCCAAGUCAAACAAGGGCGGCGACAAGGAGAACAACGGCCCCGAGGAACACAUUGCCAACCAGAACAACAUCCACAACGCGCUCAACGAUCUGCUGGGCCAGAACGAGAUGGACGAGGACGACCUCGAGGACGUCGAGAUGAGGAGCGACGACGAGGACGACAGCGACGAUGAGGUCUCUGGCGCCAUCUCCUACCUCAACAAGAUAUCCAACUUUGGAGACUAUGGCGACAACAUGUUUGACGACAUGGACGACGAGUCAGAGAUGGAGAUGGACGACGAGUACUACGACCAGGAGGGCGACGAGGAAGAGGACGACGACGAGACCGACGAUGACGACGAUGACGAUGAUGAGGAAGGAGACGACCACCACGACGACAUGGGCAUGGAUGACGGACUGCAUGGCAUCCACUCCAAGGGUGGCAUGGACUAUGAUGACGGAUACUUCUCGUCCAUGGACGAUGACGAUUACUCAGACGAUGACGACGAGGUCAUCUACGACUUUACCAACGACGAGGAAAUGGACCGUCCAAUACAGACCAGCACCAGCACAACGUCCACCAGUGGCAUCAACCUAGUCGACACUGUCCUCAAUCUCAAUACCCAUCCAGCGCCAGCCGCCCCAGGUGGUGCCAAUCCUAACCCCAUCAAUGAGGACUUCCUUCGUCUUGUCCAGGACGUGCGCCAACAUUUGGUCAACCAAGGUGUGGUUGAUAAUGGACGCGGCGAAAGAUCCAUUGGUGUAAGAAUCACCCCAGAUGGAAGAAUAAGCUUCGCCGAGCACGGCCAUGGUCAUGCUCACGGUCAUGGUCACACACACGGACAUAGUGGUGGCGGCGGUGGUGGCGGUGACGACGGAGGCGACGACCACGGUGGCGAUGGCGACGAUGACGACGAAGAACUUGUCGAUGUCAACGAUCUGUUUGACGAUCCAGAGAACUUCUACGGCGACAAUGACGACAUGGACGAUCUGGUCACCCAGUACGAGGAGCAGAUGGACGCAGUGCGCGGCAACCCAUGGUCGGACAAGUUCAGCACUCAGGAGCUCUUCAGGAACACUGAGGAGUCAGUCAACCUGCACAUGUCCUUCUGUGGCCAUCAGAUCCACGAGGACUGCUUCACCGAGUACUCAUGGUCACAGCUCAAGAACCAGAACUAUGAGAGCGAGGAGCUUGUCGAUCCCCAGCGUGGUGAGUUCCAGUGUGUCCUAUGCCGCAGACUUGGUAACGCCCUGGUGCCCGUCAUUCCUGACUCGGGAUUCUCGGCCCCCGCCGACUCGGCAACCCCCGUGCCCGCGCCACAGAACACUGACGAUGCCUACCGCACGUUCUUGACGCAGCUCCAAUCACAGCUCACUACUGAGCAAUCGUCCAAGACACUCGACUCCUUGAAGCCUGUCAGACAGGCCAUCGACCAGUUUGCAUCGCGAAUCUACUCGGUCGAGCAUCAGAUCAGCUUCAUCCACUCAGAGUCCAAUGAGAAGGUGCUCCCAUUCAUCGCCUCCUCAAUCGCAUCGACAAUCGCCGACACCGAACUGGCAAUUAGAGUGAGCGAAGAUGACAAUACAUCAUUCUCCUUAUCGAUUGCCAAGCCAAGACAGCUACCUCUGUUUGGCAUGUCCGAGUCGAAUCGUGUCGACAUCAGAUCGUUGUUCCGUGCCUCAGUCGCGCACGUCAAGACCCACACACCUCAGCAAUGGGAGGGAUGCGUGCUCUGGAACUCAAUCAGUGGCCAGACUGCCAUGGCAAUGCCCGUGCUGGAAGAGAUUGCCGACGAGGACGCAGAGAAGAUCAAGACUCGCGAGGAGCAACAGAAGAAGAUGGACCAAGAGCACUUCCCACCCCUGCUCUCACUGGACCUCUAUCACACCUUUAUCCAGACAUACCUGCGCACGUCUGCCCAGGACCACACCGUGGUGACGGCUAACGAGCGAUUCUACCUCAUGACCAAGAUGUUCUUUGACGCAUUGGUCACUCAAUCAAUCUUUAGCCACUUCAAGAGCUUUGACGACAAUGCCAAGAGCGAGAUGUUCAUCAGCGAGGUGAACAAGUUGAUCACGACACCCAAUGACAACCAGCAAACGAUCAGCACGAUGCCCAAGCACCUGGUGGACAUGAUCCGCUCGCACUGCCUCAUAUACCUGCGAAAGUGCUCGCUGUUCCUCUACGCCUGCCUCAACGUCGACCCCACCCAACUGGCACUGAACCAACCAGAAAUCAACGACGAGAUCGAGACCGAGCUGCUGAUGGCCUACCUCUGCCUGCCCGGUCCAUUCGAGACACACCUGAUCAAGGUGAUCAACACCCUGAUCACUCACUCCAGCACACUGGUGCCCUUGGUCUCAUUGUGGGCCGACCAGAUGCUCUCAUCGUACGCCAUCUAUCUCAGCAGCGUCGAGCCCAGCGCCAGCGAGGGCACCUCCACGCCACUCUCCAUCAUCUCUUCGCCCACCAUCCCCAAGCCAUUCCUGCUCAUUGAUCUGGCCAAGAACUACGACACACUUUCCCAACACUACGCCACCGUCCCAUGUCAGCAAUGCAAGACCAUCUCCAGCACGCAAGCCCUCUGUCUCAUCUGUGGUACCCUCUGUUGUCUUGGUGGAUGUUGCAAGAGAUUCCUUGAUCAAAAGAAUGAGUGUAUAUUGCAUGCUGAGCGUUGUAACGCAGGCACAUGUAUGUUCCUUGUGAUCAAGUCCAGUUCAAUAUUGUUGUUGCAUUUGCCAAGAAGGACUUAUUGGUUCUCCCCAUAUCUUGAUGAUCAUGGUGAGGAGGAUGCCAACCUGCGUAGAGGCAAACCAUUGUUCCUCAACGCCGGUCGUUACAAUCAAUUGAACUCACUACUCAUCAAGCAUCAAAUAGAUCAAGACAGCAAGAUUGCAGAGCAUACUAUAAGAGAAUAA